UCGAAGAAGACGCCGAUCACGCAGUCAUAUAUAAAGAAGGAUUAAUACCAAUUGAUAUGGCCAACAUGUGCAACUUAUAAACUACAACGAUAAAACAGUGAAAAAAAUGUUUUGAGAGCGAGGAUGUAUUUUUUCAGAUCGAUACAGAGGAAUAUGACACAUUCAAAACACCUAUAUGUUUCUUUGCAUAAGCUUUACUUGUGUUUAAGUCUGUUUUGUUUCACGAAAACUUAAAGGAAAAGUCAACGGGUUGUGUGAAUAAAACUGAUUUGUCAUUAGUCACCAUGAUUAGUAUGAGAAAUACCUGGCAGCAUUUUAAGGUCUAGCUUUAUGUCAAUAUGGCGUGAAAGAAAGGUAUUUCUUUAUAGUUUACAAGACUCUUUGAAGUUUUAACCAUGUCAAAUACAGAAUAUCUACGACAACUAUCAGUUUGUCUUUUUGGUGUACUUGACAAAGCUGGCGCAUCAGAAUAUGUUAGAAAGCUUAGGCAAAAUGGGAAACUAGUUUCAGAUGUUCUAGUAACAAUGCAACUUCUUUUUGAAGAAAGGGAAGUCGGUGUAUAUACCUUUGGAAGUGCUUGUGAAGGUACAACAACACCUGGUAUGAAUUCCGAUGAAGACAUUAUGAUGUGUUUCCUUAGUAUGCCAGUGUUUGAAAAAGAAGAAGAUAUUGAUGAAUAUUACAAGGAAGAGUUACAACUAGACCGCGACGAAGUCGAAUUCAACUACGCUUUGAUGCUUAUAGACGAUUACACACCCGUUGGUUUCACAAAGUUACAGUUUGUAAAGGCUGAGGAUGAUGAUUGCAUCAUCACGUUAUCCAAAGAUGCAAACGGAAUAGACGUUGUGGUCAAUAGUGGAAUGCUAGAUGCAAUGGAUCAUGAUGAAAGAAAUGGUCCUGCUGGAACAACAUUGAAGAGACCAGGGUUUUCAGAUUUAGAUCAUAAACCCUCCUUUCGAUGUCGGAAAUGGCCAAGAAUUGCUGAGGAAUUCUUCACACGAGAGCGAAAGUACGGAUUUCCAAGUCAAGACGUCAGACAUGACUUUGGAAAGUACGGCAUAUUCUUCGUUCCGACAGGACAUUCUGAAUCACCAGAGAAGCACCUGCAGUGGAGGCUUUCCUAUUCUCUCCAGGAAAGAAAGAUUAUGCUGAGCUUAAGCGAGACUCAGUAUAAAUGUUAUGUGCUACUUAAGAUGGUCAAAGAAGAUUUCGUGAAACCUGUUGUUAGCGGAAAAUCGUUAACAUCAUACCAAUGCAAAACCAGUAUGUUUUUUUGCAUGGAAACAACGGAUACAGCAGUUUGGGUUGAAGAAAAUUUGAUUGCCUGUUUCAUUAAAUGUGUUCACCUUUUGAAGAGAUGGAUCAGCAAAGGUUUUGUACCAAGCUACUUUAUGCCACUGACCAAUAUCUGGAAAGGAGAUGCCUGCAUUAGGCAACGAGUUGUUGAUGUGCUUGACAGAGUUUUGCAAGACGCCCCAGGGUAUCUCUUUAAGCUCCGAUGCGACCGAGUUGGAAUUAUGCUCAAGGAUGAAUUUUCGCCCACCAGAGAUGAAGACGGACUGCAUAUGUCUAAUGGCAAUCAUAUAAUACCAAAUAAUGACGCCUGUCAAGCUGCCAAACGAGUCUUGCAUUUAGCAGUUUACAAUCUUCAUUAUAAGUCUUUAAGUGAAGUCGCCAUUCUAACACGACACUUGAUGUUGUUGAUACUUUCAAAAAAUGACACUAUUGCUCGAGCAAUUGUAAAACUUCGCCGUUUUAUCAAAGAUUUACAGAAUGCAGAAAGAGUUGCGGACAUGUCAUUGAAACCGCUCGAAGAUACACAAUACGCAAUGCACUUUGUGUUGCCAUAUGUAUUUGCCACUCUUGGAUCCCACCUCGCAUUGAAUGACAAACUUACAGGCAGGAAAACCCUUUCGACAGAAACAAUUCAAUUUCUUGAGAAAGGUCUUCUUUCAGAUGCACUGAGUGGAAGUCUCAAGUAUGCAACGGCUUUGUACGCUUUGGAACAGUAUGAAGAUUGCCUAAAAAUACUGCGCAACCUAGAUGCCAACCUGCAAAGAAAUGUUAUUUCUCAAAGAUUGUGUGUGGACAGAGAUAUUACAACUACCAUUCUGGUUAAUGAAGAACUAUUAGAAAAAGUGAUAACAGAGGAACCGACCUUGAAUGACGUUUUGACGUCACACAUGGCUACUUGUGUCAUGUUUCAACCAACAGAAAUAGGACUGUUGCCAAGAGAGCUUCAAUAUGAGAUGUUUAGAUCUUGUUUUACAGAGACCGAUGCACUUUACUGGUUUGACUAUGUUGUGGUGGACGCCAAAAUACUGUUAUACUACCUUCUGUACAGAGUUCACAAGAAGCUCAAUCACGACGAGUGCAGCGACCAUUCAUUUCUGUGGAUGAUUUCUACUCUUGAAGACGAUUAUAAUUUGUGCCAUUUUGAGACCGCGAUGAAUUUGAUUGGAUGCAUUUGGAGAGAGAAGGAAAAGCCUGACUUAUCGAUGAAAGCCUUUCGCAAUUCCUGGACAAGAAGGCCGGAACACAACGCUGCCAAAUGGCACGUUGCUCUGAUGUGCUUUGAACAUUUUCAGUCAAAACGCUUGGGUAACGAUGAAUUCGACAGAAAAGAGGGUGGACAAAGACUAGAGAAAAUAAUAUACAGUCGUGUGUAAUUAUUAGAAGUGACUUGGAAAUUACGAUGAGCUUAAUUCAAGGCACUUUAAAAGUUAUCUUGAAAAUGAUAUGUCAACCUAAAAGCUCAAAUUAAGAUAAUAGCGAAUUAUAAAUACGCAAAUUGUAUGUCAAGGAAAUCAAUUACGUGAACAUGUUUUAAUAGGUUAUCAUAAGAGCCCGUAUCAAAUAAAAACGAAAAAAAAAGUUAAUAUUGUCUUAAUGAAUGUCAUCUAUGACAGUAUUCACAAACACCCAUUUAUUCGUACGAAUUUGUAUUAUAUUAUAUAUUUGUUAUGUAUUACAAGUAUAUAUAUUUUUAAAACUGUCGCUAAACACUUUUAAAGUAUUUUUAUUAUUAUUUUUUUCGAAUUUCAUAUUACUUUGUGUUUCGCUCUUACUAUCAUCGCAUGGAAACGAAAACAAAUCCAAAUUGACUAAUACAAUCUGAACCAAACGACCCCUUUACGUGUUUACAUAGUUGUUUGUAAGACAUCUAAGAACAAGAGGCAAUCUGUUUAGAUGUAAAGUGUUUUGUACAAGUACACAUUUUCUGUGCGUACAAUAUAUUAUGUAUCAAUAGCUGUUGAAAA